GUACACCCCCGCGGCAAUCUUCUUGCGGAUCAGCUCGCAGACUUGGUCGUAGAUACCAGGCGGGAUUGGUUUGAAGAAGUCCGAUCGGAACUUCCCUCGUUCAAGAUCGGUCCAGGCGAAGCCAUCCUGAUGGACCAACAUGAAGUGGUGCAUCAAGCGUCGCUCUUCUGGCCACAAGAACCCUUCGGGAUGCAGUCGAUCAAUGACGUCGCAGCGGUCUUGUGUGUAACGGCCGGUUGGAGCAAAUGGUGGGGGAACGGGGUUUAGACUGGGAAGCGCAGCGAGUGGGUCUCCUGUAAUUUCACGGACGAUUCGGAACUGUUCUGGGAGGCUACCCAGUACAGGGCGGACUUUUUGUGCAACCGGUUUGUAGCGUUUUUUGGCAAAGACGUCAACUUGAGGUGCAGAGUACGGGUGGGAAAGCAUCGUAGAUUGAUUUUCAAUUGUUAUGGUAGAUUGGGAAUGGAGAGGGGGGCAACAGCGAGUUGAAUCGCUGGGGCACAUAUCGCGAGCAGUCGGUUGAACGUCAGGGCGCGGUUGGAAGUAGGUAGAGUAGGGUGAUGGCAAGUUUGUACAGGCCGAUAGGUAAAACGUCUGUAGGAUAUCAGUGGUAAAUGAACUGUGUGGAA